GACUUGUUUUUUGUAUUGUAACUUCUUCUUAAUUAUCUCUUUUUGUUCUUGGGACAUAUGUGCUUCUCCACUAACUCCUCACUAAAUAUCUCAAUUCACCUAACCAGUCUCCAAGUUCAUAUAAGGUUGUUUCAGUGACGAAGAAAAACAGAGAGAAAAAAGCAGAUACUUCUUUUUGUGUUCUUGAAUUACUUCUUUACUUUUGUGUUUUCACAAUUUGAGAAACGAAAUGGAGCCAAAGUUUCAUGCUUUUAUGUUUCCAUGGUUUGCUUUUGGUCAUAUGAUUCCAUUUCUACAUCUUGCAAACAAACUAGCUGAAAAAGGUCACCGAGUUACUUUCUUGCUACCUAAGAAAGCACAAAAACAGUUGGAACAUCACAACUUGUUCCCAGACAGUAUUGUCUUUCACCCUCUCACAGUUCCUCCUGUCAAUGGCCUCCCUGCUGGUGCCGAGACAACCUCGGAUAUCCCCAUCUCGUUGGACAACCUCUUGUCCAAAGCCUUGGAUCUCACUCGCGAUCAGGUUGAAGCUGCGGUUCGUGCUUUGAGACCUGACUUGAUCUUUUUCGAUUUUGCUCAAUGGAUUCCAGAUAUGGCUAAAGAACAUAUGAUCAAGAGUGUGAGUUACAUCAUUGUAUCUGCGACAACAAUAGCUCAUACACAUGUCCCUGGAGGUAAAUUAGGUGUUCGCCCACCGGGUUAUCCGUCAUCAAAGGUGAUGUUCCGUGAAAACGAUGUUCAUGCCUUAGCAACCUUAUCGAUAUUUUACAAGAGACUGUAUCAUCAGAUCACUACAGGUCUUAAGAGCUGUGAUGUCAUUGCAUUGAGGACUUGCAAAGAAGUCGAAGGUAUGUUCUGCGACUUUAUAUCGCGUCAAUACCAUAAGAAGGUUCUCUUGACUGGUCCAAUGUUCCCUGAGCCAGACACAAGUAAACCACUAGAAGAACGCUGGAAUCAUUUUCUAAGCGGGUUCGCGCCGAAGUCAGUAGUGUUUUGUUCACCUGGCAGCCAAGUAAUUCUUGAGAAAGAUCAAUUCCAAGAACUCUGUUUAGGGAUGGAGCUAACAGGUUUACCAUUUCUUUUAGCGGUAAAGCCACCAAGAGGAUCAUCAACGGUCCAAGAAGGGUUACCAGAAGGGUUCGAGGAGCGGGUGAAAGAUCGUGGUGUUGUUUGGGGAGGAUGGGUGCAACAACCUUUGAUAUUGGCUCAUCCAUCAAUAGGUUGCUUUGUGAACCAUUGUGGUCCCGGAACAAUAUGGGAGUCUUUGGUGAGUGAUUGCCAAAUGGUUUUGAUUCCAUUUUUAAGUGAUCAAGUUCUCUUCACAAGAUUGAUGACCGAGGAAUUCGAGGUCUCUGUAGAAGUGCCGAGGGAAAAAACAGGAUGGUUUUCAAAGGAGAGCUUGAGCAAUGCUAUCAAAUCUGUGAUGGAUAAAGACAGUGACAUUGGGAAGUUAGUGAGGAGUAACCACACCAAAUUGAAGGAGAUUUUAGUUAGUCCUGGAUUAUUGACUGGUUACGUUGAUCACUUUGUAGAGGGAUUGCAAGAGAAUUUGAUUUGAUUAUGUUGAAGACUGGUCAUCAUAUUUAAGUAAGGUUGGGACGCUUUUAUUUUAUUUUUAAAUAAAUUCCGAUUACGAUAAUAAUUUGCAAAGUAUAAUAAAUCUGAAAAUAAUUGUAAUUACACAAUAUAUUUCUCAAAUUUAUAGUGACAUUAUAUUAGAAAUGUUAGUUUUUUUCUGU